UGAUAAUUGCUGCCUGUCCCAUAAUAUUGAAUAGCACAGUGUUUCUGGAGAGAAAGUGGUGGAGAAAAUAAAGAGAUGAAGUGUUUAUUUGAUGUGUCUGCUGUACAUCCUGCCUUUAAGAAGCCUGGCACAUACACAGAAGCUCCUUACUGCAGGACUGAAACUUCAGAGCUAAAACGUCGACUUGGACCGGGAAUGUACAAUGAUGAUCUUGGGGAUUUCAGCCCAGCUGCUAUCCAGAAAAAAGUGUCAGGGCCAGGGUGGAAAAGAGCGGAAGAAACCGCAAGACUAAAAGAAAUGCCUCACCUUCUCUAUAAAGAGACAUGGGAUCGAAUUAAAUUAUUGAAUCAAAAUAUGGGUCCAGGUCGUUACAACAUCAAGUCAUUUGUAGAGCUGAUGGCACAGAAGCCGUCUAGCAUACACGGUGUGUGUAGCACCAGGAACGCUCGCUUCAAGACUGAUCAGAAGGACUGCAAUCCUGGCCCUGGGAGUUAUGGUAAGGGUGGGAACCCGUAUUCGCAGAUAGAGGAGAAAGCCGCCCAUCCCACCAGCGCUAGGGGAAUCAUGGAUAGCGGGACCAUUAAACAUCCUGCACCACAAAGCACAGGAUGUGACUUGGGACCAGGCACCUACAACUUGAAAAGUUCCAUAGAUGAAGUUUUGAGUCAUGUUGUUGGGAAAAGAGGACCCUAUGACCUGUUGUCUGGAUCCCGAGCUCAGCCUGUGCUUUAUGGAUACUUUGCGUCACCAAAAAUAAAAGAAUCAGAACCUGGCGCAUACAAAAUAAAGUCUUUCACUGAAGAACUGGAGAAUGAGCAAAACAAAAAGCACGGAUUAUUUGGCAAGAUCCCACAGUAUCCCGAAGUCCCAGCAGAGAGAAUUUACCACAGUUCCUUGGCUCACUACCCCCGGCCGGCUAAUUUUCCUGGACCUGGAUCCUAUGAGACAAAAACAAUUUUUGUGAAAAAGAACCAGUCCGUCCCCCUUCCUUUCCUCAGCUAAGCGUUUU